GCUUGCUUACCUCCAAACUCUUACAUACUUCACCGUUUAUUCUCGUCAGGAAUUACGAGCUCAAGGACCCUUGUCUUCGUCUUCUGAACGGAGCUACCAUUCAUCCAUUCGUUUGACAUUGCUCAUGCAGGAGGAGCAAGAUACAUGUCGUAUUUGCAGCGCACCAGCAGAGCCAGAUCAACCCCUCUUCUAUCCAUGCAAGUGCUCGGGUACUAUCCGUUAUAUCCAUCAGGACUGUCUCACGACAUGGCUAGCUCAUAGCAAGAAGAAGACAUGCGAUGUCUGCAAAUAUCCUUAUUCCUUUACCAAGGUGUAUGCCUCAGACAUGCCUGCAAGGCUACCGAUCACUUUGGUAAUACGCAGGCUCAUCCAGCAAGCAGCUUUGGCGGUUCUGUUUGCAUUUCGCGGAAUCCUUGUUGGCACUGUGUGGUUGGCCUUCUUGCCUUGGGCGACUGUGUGGACAUGGAGAAUGUACUUUGCCAUGGGCGAUGCAACUGCUUGGUGGAUUAGCACUCGUCCAAAACCAGAACCAUCGCUACCUAAUGGGACUUUUAACGCCAGCUCCAGCUCUGCACAAGAAACAGACGUGCCACCAGUCUCAUCCAAUGCAACCUUGCUCACCACUUUCCUUCUUCAUCCUACUGUUCGCAGUGUCUCUGCAGACAUCGUGACAGGUCAAAUCAUUGCUUCAGUUAUUGUCCUGGGUUUUGUGGCGGUGUUCCUUCUCAGGGAGUGGAUAUCGCAGAAUGCAAGGCCAGGCGUAUUCGAUGAUGCUGAACUACCUCCUGAAGGGGAAGUACCCCAAGCAGAACCCGCGGAGGAGAUCCCUCAGAUUAUGGAGGCUCAGCCUGAGCAGGUCCACGAUCGAGACCAAGAGGGAGUUGAAAACGUCCCCGUUCCUGUGCUUCAACCUCCGGUAAUCCCUCCACCACUGGCAUCUGGCGAAGAUACAUCAAGCAGUAGUGACUCUAAUAGCCCAUCCCCUGUGGAGGACGAUAAUGGUCGAAGCGGCGGUAGGAAGGUCCGCCGUCGAAUUGAAUCCCCUGAGCGCAUUGAUCGUCCAAGAGCGAAGUCAGUACCCCAUCGUUUGCCAUCUUCGGCCAACGAUUUGGGCUUCAGCGAGUCAAGGCCACUCGAUUUGAAACCCGAACAGCAGGAAUUUACUUUCAGUUUCCGAGUCUCUCCUCGAAAUACGCAAGAUCAGGAACAUGACGAAGAACAGAUGCAAAAGGCAGACCGCGCGCAUGUAGGCUCGAGUCUCGAUGGCUAUCUUUCUGGUCCAGUCUUCCGGACAGAGUUCUCUGCUGCUGGUGUACCAUAUGCACCAAUGCCUGGUGACUCAAACAACCAUGCUCGUUAUUUGCCCAAGCCAUCUCAAUCUUCAGAACAUUCUGAGCCUGCUGAAUCAUCCCAGAAACCUCAAGCACCUCAGUUACCCCAUCCAUUUCAAGCAUCCCAAACACUCCGUCGCCCUCCAAUGCCUAGCAUUUCCCUUCCACCAUCUGCACUUAAUUCACCCUCUAUAGCCCCCAAAAGUCGUGGUCCUACUCCCAUAUCUUCGCCCAGUCUAGCAACAUACAGUGCACCUGAGGAGUUCGAAGCUGGGCCUUCAACACUGUCUGAAUACUUCAAGAAGGAGGAUUAUGUUAUCCCGGAAGAUUCAGAGGAAACUAAGAGAGAACAUGAUAGGUAUUUCCGUGAACCUGAAGCUGGGGAGGAAGUCCAUUCUGCGGUGCCUGAAGGAAAGGAAGAUGAAACAACUGAGGUGGAUAGCAGGGAUAGCAGUCACGAUACGAUUGUUGCUCCUCAAUGGAGUGAUGAUGAAUACGAAGAGGAAGAGGAGGAAGAUAAUGAGGACCAUGAAGAUGCUUUGGUCCCCUUCGGUGAGCCGCUGCCAGAUGAAAAUGAAGAGCUAUGGCGCGCAGCUGGGCUUGUGGUUGGGGACAGGAAUGCGGAUAGGGACGCUGAAGGAGACGGCGAAAGGGAUGCGAACGGCGAGUUGCGAGCGGAUGGAGAACCUCUGGAUGCUGAGGAGAUGGAUGCGAAUAUCGAGGAUGAUAUGGAUGGUGCUCUUGAAGCAAUUGGAUUAAGAGGGCCGAUAUACGGCGUUCUUCAAAAUGCUGCCUUCAUGACGUUCGUUCUGGAUGCAACAAUAGGAAUCCUAGUAUGGCUUCCAUUCACAAUCGGCAAAACACUCGCCCUUCUAUCACUCGACCCUGCACGAUUGUUAGAAGUGAUACAUUCACCUAUUCGCGCCAUCCGGUUCAUAACGGACCCAGUCGUAGACCUCGUAUCGUACGUCCUGACGCAAGUAGUCUUGCUUCCACUUGCUCUCAGUUUGCAGCAAGGACUCCUUUUGGUUGUUUCCGGGCUUGGCAGGCUAGUUGGGAGUGAUCAGGCUUCAAAGGGUGUUGAGGUUACCUCUGCAUGGUAUAACCGUACUCUCGAAGCCGUUAAUGUCGCUCUAGAUCAAACUCGCUUUUUGCUGCUCUCCCCAGAAGCCAAUGCAACGACUACAGCGACUCCCUCGCUCCUGGAACGUCUUGCAGAGAAUGACUCACCCCUCAUGAGGCUUCUUGAGCCAUACUUCGCUCCCAUCGGUAGCGUGGUUCGCACACAGUUCCAGGCUUUCAAGGAGACUUGGAUACAUUUGGCUACGAGCGACAGCACUAGUUCUAAGAUCUUUGCCAUCGCUCUUGGAUACGCUUUGGACGUAUUGAUUAUGGCGAUUUACUUGAACGUUUUGACAUUUGGGAGUGUGAAGAGUGCUGGAAAGGCUGUAAGGAGUGCGAUGAGGCAACAACUGCUCGUUCUCAAGGUCGCAGUUUUCAUCAUCAUCGAACUGGUGGUCUUCCCACUUGGUUGCGGGAUUAUGCUCGACGCCUGUUCGGUUUGGCUAUUACCCCAGUCAAGUCUCAGAUCAAGGAUGGCGUUCCUUACUUUCGCACCCUUGACGGCAGCGUUUUAUCACUGGGUAAUCGGUACCAUGUUCAUGUACCAAUUCGCCGUUCUCUUAGCCGGCUGCCGAAGCAUCAUGCGCCCAGGUUCAAUGUGGUUUGUCAAAGAUCCUCAAGACCAGAACUUCCACCCGAUACGCGACAUCCUUGAAAGGCCCACUUUAGUUCAGAUCAAGAAGUUGCUCUUGAGCGCCGUUAUGUACGGAAUUGUUGUUGGUUUUAGUAUCGCAACUUUCUCUGGCAUUCUGAGAUUCUUCAGUCGGACUAUCAUGCCACUCCGCUGGAAAGUUCUCGAGCCGCUAUCCGAAGUCCCAAUUGACUUGCUUUUCUUCCACUUGGUCCUGCCGUACACACUUCACUACUUCCGACCGCGGCGGGGCUUGUACAAGGCUUCAGUCAAAAUCUGGAAGUUCCUUGCUCACCAGUUGAGGCUGUCUUCCUACAUGUUUGGCGACCGAUAUCCUAUGGAGGAAUUCACACCAAAACAUUGGUCUUGGAAACGGCUGAUCCUGCGACCCGGAAUAGAGCUCCUGGAUGACGAAGCUAUACAUGAUGGUACAUUUUGGCGAGUCCCUAACCACGAUAACAUUGCUCAGGUUCGGAAUGAGCGUGCAAUUGUGGAGGUUGACGAGAACGGGCUGCCCAGAGACGCUGAAGGACAUCGACUUAUGGCUCUUCUCGAUGUCGAAGCAUCGAGGGCGAAGCGAGACGUCAAGACAGACUACACGAUUGUCUAUGUUCCACCAGAUUUCCGCCGACGAGUCAUGACAUUUAUCGUCUGUUUAUGGCUUAUUGGCGCAGUCAUCCUAGCUGGGUCCUUAGCACUCCCCAUCCUCAUCGGACGCUCUUUCUUCGAGCUAUUCACCUCCCGGCCUAUCCAUGACGGAUACUCAUUCAUUGCAGGGUUCUACCUACUGUGGGCAUGCUGGCUAGUUGUGAUGGCCGCUGAAAGAAUGGACAGACGUCGACAGCGCCGCGGAGGGGACGAACCUCGUGCUCGACUUCCUCUCUAUCUAGCCAAGCGCGGUCUGCUUUGGCUUGCCAAAGUCUUGUAUCUUGGGUUCUUCCUUGGUGUGGUCAUCCCGACGCUCGUUGCGUUGGUCGUUGAACUUUACAUCGUCCUGCCAGUUCGACAUGCUUAUAAUCCUGACAUGGAAUUGAGGAUUCGAAUUGUGGAUAUGUGGGCGCUUGGGCUGUUGUAUAGCAAGAUUGCUUUACGUGCGCACAGGGUUCAGGCCGAUGGACUUCUUGCUCAUGGUAUUGAACAGAUCAAGCGAAACGGAUGGUCACAUCCCGACCCUCUGCGUGCUACGAAGGAGGUCAUCGUCCCUAUCACUUUCGGUCUGCUCAGCAUGAUACUCGUACCACCGCUCAUAAUCUGGUUUAUCCAUCGGGCCUUCAGUCUGGAAUUGGAACAAAGCGUACUAUGUAACUACACUUUCCGAUUUAUCACAAUCCUUUCGCUCACUAUAAUUCUCACUAGUUUUGCACGUAUAUCCCGGUAUCUUUGCCAUCGCCGGAUGCAUUCAUGGAUUGGUUGUUUUAUCAAAUUUAAUGGGAACAUGGUCUCAAGCUGUACGAGACAAGGAGUUCCUCGUGGAGAUGCGGCUGCAAAAUCUCGAGCUUGAGCAAGAAAACAAACGGAGGCUAAAGACGGCUGAGAAGAGCGUAGAAGCUCACCUGUAAUCGUUAUGGCAUCGGACAAUUUACUGUACUAUCAAUCUAUUCAAGUCGUAAUGUUAUGUAGUUCGCCGUUCUUUUUUUUUCUUGGCCCUGAUCUUUUCUUGUCUGAUCCAUGUCGGAGUGUUCUAACUGACUUGCCGCUUU